GUCUGCUAUCCCCACCCUUUUACGCGCCCACGAUGUCCCUCAAAGCCUACCUUGCCGAGCGAUACAUGUCUGGGCCGAAGGCCGACGCGAUCCUUGCUAAGACCGGCAAGAAGAAGAAACGCAAGGCCACCACAUCCACCGCCACCACAUCCGCCUCGGCUGCAUUCAUCAAAGACGACGACGCAGGUUUCGGAGCAGGUCCUGAGGGGGAAGAUGGAGAGGAGGACGACGUGAUGAAGGAGGCCGUGGUCGCCUCCGACCGGUCGUUCAAGAAGCGCAAGGUGGAGGGCGAGCCGGAUAGCGGAUGGACGACCGUCCGGGAGAGGGAGAAGGAGAAGGAGGAGAAGGAGCGCGAAGAGGACAAGCCGCUGGUGGUGGACGCGCAGGGCCGCGAGGAGGUCUCCGCGCAGGUGACCGGCGGGCUCGUCACUGCCGCGCAGCUCCGGAAACAACGCGCCCCGAAGGAGCCCAGUAAGCUCAAAGCAGGAGAGGCCGAAGACGAGGAGGCGAAGCUGGCGCAGGAGACGGUCUACCGCGACGCCUCUGGGCGGCGCAUUGACGUGAAGGCGGAGCGGGCGGAGGCCGCGCGCAAGAAGCGCGAGCGGGAGGAGCGGGAGGCGCGCAAGAUGGAGUGGGGCAAGGGCCUCGUGCAGCGCGGCGAGGCGGAGAAGAUGAAGGAGGAGAUGGAGAAGAUGAGAGGGCGCGACUUGGCGCGAUACGCGGACGAUAAGGAGCUGAAUGAGCGGCUGAGGGAGCAGGAGCGGUGGGAAGAUCCUAUGGCGGCGUUCUUGACUAAGAAGCGGGGUAAAGGGCCGAAGAAGCCAGAGUAUAAUGGCCCUCCACCACCGCCCAAUCGAUUUGGCAUAAGGCCUGGAUACAGGUGGGACGGUGUCGAUCGUAGUAACGGGUUUGAGAAGAAAUUGUUCCAGCGGAUCAACGAGAAGAAACGGACGCGGCUGGAAAGCUACCAGUGGAGUGUGGAUGAUAUGUGAUGAACCACGGGGGGAAUGACAUUACGGUGUUUUUGGACACAACUGCGAUCUGCUCAUGUGGAUGGUUCUGAGACAGGCCGUAUAUGCGAACCCUAACCCUGGUAUCUAUUACCUCCCGGGUCACACCGCAAUUGGGUCGGAUUCUAUCGCGGGGAGACGUUUCCCCAUACUGCCCGCCGCGAGGAGGGAGAAGGGUCUGGGCUAAGGGACGCUGGCUCCAAGUCCCAUGUAGAUGGUCCGGUGUUGUCGGCGUGAGGGGCCGGGGUUGUUUGCCUAUCCGAUUGAUUAUUGCGAGCCGAAGUGCGGUGACAGACGUGUUCAGUCCUCUGUUCCCCAUCUUCCCCGCCUUCGAUUUUUCUUACCCCAUGGAUGACGAGUUGAUAUUCUACACCCAAAAUUGUUCUUACCCCAUGGAGGAUGAGUUGAUAUUCUACACCCACAAUGUUACUUCCCG